AUGGAUAACCAGACAGAAGGAGCUGGAGAUAAGGAAUCGAAAGAAAGUGUUGAACAGAGAGAAUGGCUAGCUAAACAAGACCUGAGCAAGCUGGAUCCAGAAAUGCUCACACCACUGACAGAGGAAGUAAUCAGCCGACAAGCAACAAUUAACAUUGGAACAAUAGGACAUGUGGCGCACGGUAAAUCCACUUUAGUGAAAGCGAUUUCUGGUGUACAUACAGUUAAAUUUAAGAAUGAACUGGAACGAAAUAUUACGAUCAAAUUAGGAUAUGCCAAUGCAAAAAUUUAUCGUUGUACAAAUGAAUCUUGCCCCAGGCCAAACUGCUACAGGUCAGCAGGUUCAAGCACUCCUGAUCUAUUCCCAUGUGAAAGACCCAAUUGUGGAGGUCAAUUUAAAUGCGUUCGGCAUGUGUCAUUCGUGGAUUGCCCUGGCCAUGACAUUCUUAUGGCAACAAUGUUGAACGGAGCAGCUGUUAUGGACGCUGCCCUAUUGUUAAUUGCAGGGAACGAAUCUUGUCCGCAGCCGCAAACUUCGGAGCAUUUAGCGGCAGUGGAAAUUAUGCAGCUUAAUCAUUUGUUAAUUUUACAGAAUAAAAUAGAUAUUAUUAAGGAAAGUCAGGCUAGAGAGCAGUAUGAGCAUAUACGCAGUUUUGUGCAAGGUACUGUAGCUGACGGUGCACCAAUUAUUCCAAUAUCGGCUCAGCUAAAGUACAAUGUUGAUGUUGUUUGUGAGUAUAUUUGCAAGAAAGUUCCUGUACCUCUACGCGAUUUCUCAUCUGCUGCUCGAUUGAUUGUCAUUCGUUCAUUUGAUGUGAAUAAACCUGGUUCCGAAGUUGAAAAUCUCAAAGGUGGUGUAGCCGGUGGAUCAAUUUUACGAGGAAUCCUACGUAUUGGACAAGAAAUUGAGGUGAGGCCAGGUAUUGUUUCAAAGUCAACUGAUGGGAAAGUCCAGUGCCGGCCUAUAUUUUCACGUAUCGUAUCAUUAUUUGCUGAACAAAAUCAAUUGCAGUAUGCCGUACCUGGUGGUUUGAUUGGCGUUGGAACCAAAAUUGAUCCAACAUUGUGCCGUGGUGACCGUUUGGUGGGUCAUAUUCUGGGUGCUGUAGGAACAUUGCCAGAUAUAUUCACAGAAAUAGAAAUCGCGUAUUUUCUGUUGCGAAGGUUACUUGGUGUACGUACCGAAGGUGGCAAAAAAGCUGCAAAGGUACAGAAAUUGAGUAAAGGCGAAGUGCUGAUGGUUAAUAUUGGGUCACUGUCAACCGGUGGUCGUGUCAUUGCUGUGAAAGGUGACGCGGCAAAAAUCGCUCUGACCGAUCCUAUUUGCACCGAAGUAAAUGAAAAAAUAGCACUUUCACGACGUAUUGAGAAGCACUGGCGUCUGAUUGGCUGGGGAACAAUACGACGUGGAACCACUAUCAAGCCAGCAUUGGCAAAUUCGAACUAA